ACUUUCUUCUAUAAAAUAAGAAAGUAAGACUUCUCUAUUCAUCCCUCUCACACUAUCAACAACAUAAACAGGAGAAGAUUUUGAGAUUACAAUUAGCAAAAUGGAGAAAACUUCUCUCAAACUUGUCUUCAUGUUCUCCCUCACAAUCAUAGUCUUUUGUUCGUCUUUAGGUGACGCAAGAGAGAUGGCGAAGGAAGAAGUGAAUUGCAUCGAUGGCAAAUGUCCUGAUGGAAAGAAGAAUUGUAACUGCUUGCCGCCAGUAGCACCUGUAAUGUACUCUUACAAGAUUAAUGCGACUUGCCAUAGAGAUAUUGAAUGCAUCAAGUUCUGUCCUAAAGGCUGCAAGAUUGUUAACUGUAAAUUUGGUAACUGUUUCUGUGAAUGUUAAGAGAUAGAAAACCACAUUAUUUUCUAGGCCUGGACGUUUUUAACUCAACCCGAAGUACAUAUCUAGACCCGAACCGUAAAAACCAAAACCGAAUCCGAACUGUUAUACAAAAAUAUCCGAACGGGACUUAUGAGCUUAGUACUUUGGUGUUUGGUUAUAAUCCGAACCGAACCGACAUCCGAACUAGGAUCCGAAGAUAUCCGAAAUUAGUUAAAUAUGUUA